AUGAUGGCCCAUGGACGUCUGCUAGCGUUAACACUGUUCACGGGAGCAGUGCUGUUGCUAGCCGCCCAGCUAACUGUUGCUCACAGUCACUCUCAUGACCACGGGCAUGCACACUCGCACGGGGGCGGCGGUUGCCAUGGUCAUUCCCAUGGCGGUCAGAAACUGCACCAGGGGGCGAGCAAGUGGAGUGCUGAGGCCAACCUGCCCCCAGCAGAGGAGUCGCACCACGGUCACGCACAUGACCAUGGUCAUGAACAUGAGCACGACCAUGGUCAUGCUCAUGAGCACAAGGAGGAGAGUGGACACGGGCACACCCACGGAGGGGAGCGGGUGAAGAGGGAGGCAGAGGGAGAGAAGAGGGACACAGUGGAGCUCUGGAUGCAGGUAUGGUCAGUGGAGACCUUGGAGCCAUAAAUGAAUGGACAUGAAUGUGUUAUUGUGGCUAUUUGAUACAUUAUUUUUGGCCAGAACCUGUGCUACAUUUAGAUGAACAUUAGUGGUCAUUGCCUACCUUCAAUAAAAUCAUAUGCAAAAUGUCAUAUCUUUAUCAGUCAGUAUCCCUCCUGUUCAUUACAACAACCUCCUGACAUUCCUGUUAAGUCCCUGUGCAAACAUAGGCUACCUAUCUCUCCAGAUUCAACGGAUCACUACUGUAGGUACACAAGCAAACAAAAUGGCUGCUUUCACUUUUCAACAAACAUUUCCCUUUUGCCAGUGAGUCUGUUGCUAAGUUUGGUGUAUAAUUCUAUUGACUAGUUUGGCUUUGACAACUGGACCAGACAACCUCACAGCAGUGUACUGCCAAUAACUUUGUCGGUUUUGACUGCAGUGUAAAUGUGUCUCUGUUUUAAGGUUUACAUUUUUAUUUGCUAUGUUCAACAGGAUUAGGUUUGUUAGACACCGUUUUACCAUUAUUUAAAUGUUCUGGUCAGCACGUGUCAGGAGGUCAACUGUUUAGGUACUGUCAAUUGAAUUGGAAUGUAUUUAUUUGGCAUUCAAUUAUUGAAAGGCUUGGAAUCCAAGUACUUUGUAGACAGGGAAUAGCCUUUCCUUAUUUGAUGAAGUCGAUUAGAUUGGUUUGAUACCCUUGGAACUCAACACAGCCAUCCUUAUCAAGUGUGAGAUUAUCUUACCACACACAAGCACGCACGCUCACACACUGUUAAAGUGCCCCCUUAUGACCUCUAUGUCUAUGUUUCUUUCUCCUGUUCUUACCAUUAGGCCAUCGGUGCCACUCUGCUGAUCAGUGCUGCUCCCUUCCUCAUCCUCUUCCUGAUCCCGGUCCAGUCCAAUACAGACCAGCACCAGAACCUCCUGAAGGUGCUCCUGAGCUUCGCCUCUGGUGGCCUGCUGGGAGACGCCUUCCUGCACCUCAUCCCUCACGCCCUGGGUUAGUGAUAGUAUCGCACAAGUAUUGUUGUUAUGGUAGAUUUCUUCAUUAAGUGAAAGUAAUUGAUUGCCUAUCUAGUCUAUUGAAUGUUUUUGGCAUUGAUAUAAUUAAUAUUUUUAGGUAUGAUUCUUGGAUUUCAUCUUUACACAGAAUAAUCAGUGAAGAAAAUGUAACGUCUAAAAUGAGCAAAAAAAUACUGAUUUUAUUGGUUUGUAGUUAAAAGGAUGUAGUCAUGCCUGUCUGAUAUUCAUUGUCUGUUUCUUUCUGUCUGUGUCUGAAUGUCUGUCUGUCUUUUUCUUUCUCUCUUUCUUUCUUGUUUUCACAGAGCCUCACUCUCACCAUGGAGACGAGGGACACGGCCACUCGCAUGACAGUGAAGAAUCACAGGAUCAUGGCCACUCACAUGGUAUAGCUCUAUCAUGAUAUCUACAUUUACUAUCACCAUCAUACUAUCCAGCGUAUCCAUUAGAUACCAGUAUUUUGCAUGCUUUGAGAAAUCUAACAUUCAAAUCAAAAUGACAAUGACUCAAUCUCUUCUACUUUUUAAUUAUUUGUUUGAGUCUGGCCCCAUUUUGGCAAACAGCAUGACCCUGACGUGUUUCUUUUCUCACCUGUAGGUGCUGCCCAUGGUCACAUGAUGUCAGUAGGGCUGUGGGUCCUCGUUGGAAUUGUGGCCUUCCUGGUGGUGGAGAAAUUUGUUCGCCUCCUGAAGGGAGGACAUGGACACGGACACUCCCACUCUCAGGGUAGGUAAUACAUUUUGAUUUGAGUUUGUAGCGCGGGGAAAAACAGAAUGACAAUUUGAAUUGAUGCAUGUGCCCCUGCUAUUUCAAGGCUAUAUCCAUUCAAUAUGAGCUUUUUUGACCAUAACUCAACAUGCCUUGAAAUUAUCCCUCUGUAUGCAAUGCAUUUUUUUGCCUAUUGACCACUUCUGCAAUGCAUGUAUGGAAUAGGUUAGGUAGUUACAUUUACAUUUGAGUCAUUUAGCAGAUGCUCUUAACCCUAAUUGCUCCUGUAAGUGCUUUGCUUAAGGGGACAUCGACAGAUUUUUCACCAAGUCUGUUCAGGGAUUCGAACCAGCAGCCUUUUUGUUACUGGCCCAACGCUCUUAACCAACGCUCCUAGUUUAGGUCUUAGGAGCAUAAUUACACUACCACACUCCACCCCCAGGGGCAGCAGCUGGUUGGUCAGGUGCGCUGCCAAUUUUAUCUAUUUUUUAUUUUAUUUUACCUUUAUUUAACUAGGCAAGUCAGUUAAGAACAAAUUCUUAUUUACAAUGAUGGCCUACACCAGCCAAACCCGGACGACGCUGGGCCAAUUGUGCGCCGCCCUAUGGGACUCCCAAUCACGGCCGGUUGUGAUACAGCCUGGACUCGAACCAGGGGGUCUGUAGUGAUGCCUCAAGCACUGAGAUGCAGUGCCUUAGACCGCUGCGCCACUCGGGAGCCAAGAAGUGAAGCCUUGAUAAGAGGGAUCUGCAAUCAGUUAAUUUUUUGUUGUUAUCUUUAGUUUUGGUUCAGCCCUUUUUGUACUUUUGUUUUUGUAUAUAUUUAUUUUGUCACAAUGAACAAAUGAUAAUCUGCAUGGGCUGGCCGACUCAGAUCUCAGGACAGAGUUGGCCCUGAAACCAGAUAAAGUGUGUCUCCUGGGCACAUCCAUACAACAUGGUCCUCAACCUCUGUCCGCACAUAAAUUCACACAUUAAAUCAAGUUACAGACCAUUUAACUAGGCCUAGGACCCCUAGACCUAGCGAAUGCAGCCAAAUCAUUAGGCUAGCUAGUUGGUUUCGUAACCUGACCUCUGGGUCAAUUUUGAAAUCUGGCCAUUGAUGAGAUUUUCCUCUAGCUGAGAGUUGCUGUAUGGUUGGGUGAUUUGAUGCUACUCUUCUACUUUUGGAAUGAGGCAGGGUCAGUACACCAAAGAGUUAUGCACAACAUUCUUAUUUUGCAUCCUAUUUUCAGCUGCUCCUAAGGCAAAGGAGAGUGAUGGAGAGAAAAAAAAGGAGGGUGAGAAAGAUGAAAAAGGAAGCAAAGAGAAGAAGACUCCAAAAGAAGUGGAGGAGAAAACUACAGGUAAGAGUUGAAUAAUUGCCACUUAAUUUCUUAGUGGGCAGAUUGCCUUCACUGAAAUGGCUGUUUUAAAAUCUCAAAAUCUAUUUUGCUCCAGGAGAAUAUUUACUUUAUGACAACAUUUCAGUUACCAGCCUCCCAUCAAGACAGUUUCUCUGUUGUUGCAUGCAACUGUUGCAAUGUUGUGAUUAUUGUCCACUCUCCCUUCUCAAUAUUAGGUGAUUUCUGGUACAUCAAAAUAAAUCGAUCACAGCGUGUUUUUAGACUCAUUCAGAAGUUUUUAACCUGAUUUAACUACAAUACCAUUGGAAAUGUACACUGCUCAAAAAAAUAAAGGGAACACUUAAACAACACAAUGUAACUCCAAGUCAAUCACACUUCUGUGAAAUCAAACUGUCCACUUAGGAAGCAACACUGAUUGACAAUACAUUUCACAUGCUGUUGUGCAAAUGGAAUAGACAACAGGUGGAAAUUAUAGGCAAUUAGCAAGACACCCCCAAUAAAGAAGUGGUUCUGCAGGUGGUGACCUUCUCAGUUCCUAUGCUUCCUGGCUGAUGUUUUGGUCACUUUUGAAUGCUGGCGGUGCUUUCACUCUAGUGGUAGCAUGAGACGGAGUCUACAACCCACACAAGUGGCUCAGGUAGUGCAGCUCAUCCAGGAUGGCACAUCAAUGCGAGCUGUGGCAAGAAGGUUUGCUGUGUCUGUCAACGUAGUGUCCAGAGCAUGGAGGCGCUACCAGGAGACAGGCCAGUACAUCAGGAGACGUGGAGGAGGCCGUAGGAGGGCAACAACCCAGCAGCAGGACCGCUACCUCCGCAUUUGUGCAAGGAGGAGCAGGAGGAGCACUGCCAGAGCCCUGCAAAAUGACCUCCAGCAGGCCACAAAUGUGCAUGUGUCUGCUCAAACGGUCAGAAACAGACUCCAUGAGGGUGGUAUGAGGGCCCGACGUCCACAGGUGGGGGUUGUGCUUACAGCCCAACACCGUGCAGGACGUUUGGCAUUUGCCAGAGAACACCAAGAUUGGCAAAUUUGCCACUGGCGCCCUGUGCUCUUCACAGAUGAAAGCAGGUUCACACUGAGCACAUGUGACAGAGUCUGGAGACGCCGUGGAGAACGUUCUGCUGCCUGCAACAUCCUCCAGCAUGACCGGUUUGGCGGUGGGUCAGUCAUGGUGUGGGGUGGCAUUUCUUUUGGGGGCCGCACAGCCCUCCAUGUGCUCGCCAGAGGUAGCCUGACUGCCAUUAGGUACCGAGAUGAGAUCCUCAGACCCCUUGUGAGACCAUAUGCUGGUGCGGUUGGCCCUGGGUUCCUCCUAAUGCAAGACAAUGCUAGACCUCAUGUGGCUGGAGUGUGUCAGCAGUUCCUGCAAGAGGAAGGCAUUGAUACAAUGCCUGGGCAUGCUCCUGAUGAGGUGGCGGAUGGUAUCCUGAGGGAUCUCCUCCCAGACCUGGACUAAAGCAUCCGCCAACUCCUGGACAGGUCUGGGGACCGCCCGUUCCCCAGACCUGAAUCCAAUUGAGCACAUCUGGGACAUCAUGUCUCGCUCCAUCCACCAACGGCACGUUGCACCACAGACUGUCCAGGAGUUGGCGGAUGCUUUAGUCCAGGUCUGGGAGGAGAUCCCUCAGGAUACCAUCCGCCACCUCAUCAGGAGCAUGCCCAGGCAUUGUAGGGAGGUCAUACAGGCACAUGGAGGCCACACACACUACUGAGCCUCAUUUUGACUUGUUUUAAGGACAUUUCAUCAAAGUUGGAUCAGCCUGUAGUGUGGUUUUCCACUUUAAUUUUGAGGGUGACUCCAAAUCCAGACCUCCAUGGGUUGAUACAUUUGAUUUCCAUUGAUAAUUUUUGUGUGAUGUUGUUGUCAGCACAUUCAACUAUGUAAAGAAAAAAGUAUUUAAUAAGAUUAUUUCAUUCAUUCAGAUCUAGGAUGUGUUGUUUAAGUGUUCCCUUGAUUUUUUUGAGCAGUGUAUGUAGAAAGGUCUAUUUAUAUUCCUAAAACUUAAGUUGAAAAUUAUGCUGUCGCUGCUUCCUGUUGACAAGACGUUUUGAUAAAUAGCCCAAUGUCAAAACACAGUUUUAAUGUGUCCAAAUCAAUAACCAAUAUGCUUAAACAGUUCCUGAUAUAUUGAAAACGUAAACAUAACAAUUUUUAAUAAAACAUACUAAAAAAAUAACAUGCAUGUGCCAGAAUAGUGAUCAGAUUACUUGUAUUUUUUUUAACUGCACACAUCUGAGAAUAUUUUUUACAUCACUGGUUAGAAGAUAAUUUGUUGUGUCAUCUAAAUUGUAGAAUGUCGGAUCGAGAUUCUGGAGGCUGCUGAAACGGGGCAGAAACAAAUCAGUUGCUUUGUUUAACUAAAACGACCCGGCAUUGGAUAUCAAUAGUGCUGAGCGAUUAACCGAAAUGUCAAUUAUUAUUUGUUUUAUGUUGAUUUUAUUUCAACACCCUUUUUUUCCCCAAUUUUCGAUCUUGUCUUAUAGCUGCAACUCCCCAACAGGCUUGGGGGAGGCAAAGGUGGAGUCAUGCGUCCUCCGAAACAUGACCCACCUAACUGCGCUCCUUAACACCCGCCAGCUUAACCCGGAAGCCAGCCGCACCAAUGUGUCGGAGGAAACACUGUUCAACUGGCGACCGGGGUCAGCCUGCAGGCACCCGGCCCGCCACAAGGAGUUGCUAGAGCGCGAUGAGCUAAGCAAAGCUCCACCGGCCAAACCCUCCCCUAACCCGGGCGACGCUGGGCCAAUUGUGCGCCGUCCUAUGGGACUCCCGGCCACGGCCGGUUGUGGCACAGCCCGGGAUUGAACCCGGGUCUGUAGUAACGCCUCUAGCACUGCGAUGCAGUGCCUUAGACCGCUGUGACACUUGGGAGGCCCCAUAUUUUUCGGUUUUUAAUCAACUAAUUGACCGACGCCCGUUCAGUUAUUUGAAUUCGAUUUUAGUAGAUAUUUUUUUCUGUGAGCUCAAUGCGCAGAUUGCGCUUCAGGUUCUGUAGAAAUAAAUCAGAUCAUGCCCGAACUGUGCGAUGUAGUAGGGAGUUGUAGUUUCCAACAUGUUCUACAUAAUUAUCAUGUUUAGUGCGUUAAACUAACUACAAUGACCAUAAUCCAUUGCAAGGCUAAACUUGUUUCUUUUACACCUGCUAUGUAAGAGACGGACGAAUGCGCUAUCAAGAGCGGAUACAUAGAGAGCAGUUUCUUUGCAAGGUAUCUCUACCUGAAAAUGCAUGAUCUAAGUGAUUGAUAGUUGGUAUUCAGCAGUCAUAAAAGUAUGCCUUAUUUACUGUGAAGAACUAAUAAAAUAGUGAUUUUUGUCAGACAGCAUAGGCAGCAGCUCUAUAGUGAUGAGAUGAUGACUUGGAAUGAAAUAAGUCAUUAAAUAAAACUAGUAAUAUACACAACUGAAAUAUUUGAUUAAAGUAAUGUGAAUAACUGAUGGUUAAGACGUGAUAAUAAUAAUAUAAAAGAAUAUGCCAUUUAGCAGAUGCUUUUAUCCAAAGCGACUUACAGUCAUGCGUGCAUACAUUUUUUUUUGUGUAUGGGUGGUCCCGGGGAUCGAACCCACUACCUUGGCGUUACAAGCGCCGUGCUCUACCAGCUGAGCUAAAGAGAACCACGUAGCUCAUACGUGGAUAAGCAGUCAUGGGCAGUCACUACCAUCAUGGGACUUUAAUUAAUUGUUUUAUUCUGUGUUACAGCAUUCAACCCACAUAUAGUGCAUCUGUUUUUUAUUUUUUAUAAUAGCAACAGUAAAUCGUGAUUUUUGUUUUUAGCGAACCGAAAUCGAACAGACCUCUAAAAGCACAAAUGACUCAGCACUAGAUAUCAACACUGACAAGGGUUGGCUGUUAUUUAAGUGAUAGUUUGGCUCUCAAAUUGGUGUAUUGGCGUAAGGCCAUCAACUUUUAUACAGAGAGCACCCCAAAUUGUCUGUGCCAUUUGAGCUUAAAAGUCCUGGGACGGCACGUAUAACAACGUAUAACAAAAUCAACGGUACCAAACCAAAUAUAUUAAUAUUUUUAAAGCAAUCGAUUUAAUGCAUUCGUGAUGACUAAACUUUUAUAUGAUAGUAAAUGUAGCACACUCACACAUUUUUACAACAAUGAGAUGCAGUACCAGUCAAAAGUUUGGACACACCUACUCAUUCAAGGGCUUUUCUUUAUUUGUACUACUUUCUACAUUGUAGAAUAAUAGUGAAGACAUCACAACUAUGAAAUAACACAUAAGGAACCAUGUAGUAACCCAAAAAGUGUUAAACAAAUCAAAAUCUAUUUUAUAUUUGAGAUUCUUCAAAUAGCCACCCUUUGCCUUGAUGACAGCUUUGCACACUCUUGGCAUUCUCUCAACCAGCUUCACAUGGAAUGCUUUUCCAACAGUCUUGAAGGAGUUCCCACAUAUGCUGAGCCCUUGAUGGCUGCUUUUCCUUCACUCUGCUGUCCGACUCAUCCCAAAUCAUCUCAAUUGGGUUGAGGUCGGGGGAUUGUGGAGGCCAGGUCAUCUGAUGCAGCACUCCAUUACUCUUCUUCUUGGUAAAAUAGCCCUUACACAGCCUGGAGGUGUGUUGGGUCAUUGUCCUGUUGAAAAACAAAUGAUAGUCCCAUUUAAGCCCAAUCCAGAUGGGAUGGCGUAUCGCUGCAGAAUGCUGUGGUAGCCAUGCUGGUUAAGUGUGCCUUGAAUUCUAAAUAAAUCAGACAGUGUCACCAACAAAGCACCCCCACACCAUAACACGUCCUGCUCCAUGCUUUACGGUGGGAACUACACAUGCGGAGAUCAUCCGUUCACCCACACUGCAUCUCACAAAGACACGGCAGUUGGCACCAAAAAUCUCAGAUUUGGACUCCAGACCGAAGGACAACUUUCCACCGGUCUAAUGUCCAUUGCUUGUUUAUCUUGGCCCAAGCAGGUCUCUUCUUCUUAUUGGUGUCCUUUUAGUAGUGGUUUCUUUGCAGCAAUUCGACCAUGAAGGCCUGAUCCACACAGUCCCCUCUGAACAGUUGAUGUUGAGAUGUGUCUGUGACUUGAACUAUGAAACAUUUAUUUGGGCUGCAAUUUCUGAGGCUGGUAACUCUAAUGAACUUAUCCUCUGCAGCAGAGGUAACUCUGGGUCUUCCAUUCCUGUGUUGGCCCUCAUGAGAGCCAGUUUCAUCAUAGUGCUUGAUGGUUUUUGCAACUGCACUUGAAGAAACUUUCAAAGUUCUUGAAAUUUUCCGGAUUGACUGACCUUCAUGUCUUAAAGUAAUGAUGGACUGUCGUUUCUCCUUGCUUAUUUGAGCUGUUCUUGCCAUAAUAUGGACUUGGUCUUUUACCAAAUAGGGCUAUCUUCUGUAUACCCCCCUACCUUGUCACAACACAACUGAUUGGCUCAAACACAUUAAAAAGGAAAGAAAUUCCACAAAUUAACUUAAGAAGGCACACCUGUUAAUUGAUAUGCAUUCCAGGUGAAUAUAAAAUAUAUUUUGAUUUGUUUAUCACUUUUUUGGUUACUACAUGAUUCCAUAUGUGUUAUUUCAUAGUUUUGAUGUCUUCACUAUUAUUCUACAAUGUUAAAAUAAAGAAAAACCCUUGAAUGAGUAGGUGAGUCCAAACCUUUGACUGGUAGUGUAUAUUUCUUUGUACUUUACCAUGGAGAGAGUUAACAAAUGCUCCUAAGUACAAUUUAACCAGGCGCUCUAGACUAGAGUCCAUUGGGUCUGUGCAGCAGGCUGAAUGUUUGACGUCCCUAUCAAUAUAGAUAUCAAGGUAUCGGGCUACCUGAACCUGGCUGCUGACUUCACACACAAUUUCACUGACGGGCUGGCCAUCGGGGCAUCAUUCCUGGUGGGCCCAGCAGUAGGCACAGUCACCACUCUCACCAUCCUGCUGCACGAGGUGCCCCACGAGAUUGGCGAUUUUGCCAUUCUGGUCCAGUCUGGCUGCACCAAGAAGAAGGUAAUGCACAAGCUUCAGCUUUUCAUAAUGAUUCAUGUUACACAUACUGAUGUCACACAGGAAACUGAAAUGUUCUUGACUGUACUGAAACAUGCUUGGUACAAGUUGUCUGUCAUGACUACAACACAAAGCCUAUUGACAUUGUGGCAGCAGUAGGAUUAGUGUGUCUUUUCUGCUCAAACAGCCUGUCUGAGAAAGUCUCUGUAGGUAUAGAGAUGUCCAUUGACAACUUCCUCUUUCCCAUCAGGCCAUGUGUCUACAGCUGCUGACAGCCUUGGGGGCUCUUGCCGGCACAGCCUGCUCCCUAUUGGCUGAAGGGGUGGGCGCGGCCGCCACAGCCUGGAUCCUGCCAUUCACCGCGGGUGGCUUUGUGUACAUCGCCACGGUGACGGUCCUGCCUGAGCUGCUGGUUGGGCGCUCCAGUCUGGGCCAAUCAGUGAUGGAGAUUCUGGCGAUGCUGGUUGGAAUUUACAUGAUGGUGCUAAUCGCCGAGUACGAGUGAGACAGCGAGUCAUCAAUAAGAAAGGGAGGGAUUGGGAGAGGGAGGGAUUUAGAGAGGGAGAGGGGAGGAGCAGAGACUGAACGAGAGAGAUGGAUUUAUACGAUUGGAGGGAAAGAUACCGAUGGAGUUUAAAGGAGAGAGCGAGAGCGAGAGAGAGAGAGAGAAGAGAAGUGACAGACAGAGCUUUCACAGGACUGGACUAUAUGUUCCAAAGGGGACUUGAAUGGGGAGUAGCAUUUCAACACCUAACCAACUGGAGGAUG